ACACGCACCCCCAACUCCCGAAAACCCUCGUUAACCCUCCUUGACCCUCGCCUCCGCCUCUCUCUCCUUCUCUCUCUCUCGUGCACCUGUAAUGGCGAAGCGCUUGAUCCCCUACCUCAACCGCAUUCUCGUGGAGAAGAUCGUUCCCCCCUCUAAGACCUCUGCGGGUGUACUACUCCCCGAGAAAACCACUAAGUUGAAUUCUGCAAAAGUUAUAGCUGUAGGCCCUGGCGUGCGAGACAGGAAUGGGAAUCUUAUCCCUGUUUCUGUGAAGGAAGGAGAUGAAGUCCUUCUUCCUGAAUAUGGGGGUACAGAAGUAAAACUUGGAGACAAAGUGUAUCACCUGUUCAGAGAUGAAGACAUACUGGGAACACUUCAUGAGUGAUUGGUUGCCGACUUCUUAUUCGGAUUCUGUUUUCACUGCUCCAUCUUUUUGUUUUUCCAACAAUUUGAAUUUGAAGGGCAUGUUCCACUAUGUAGUUGGACUUUGACAGUCCUUUUGAGUGUAAUGUUUCGAAAUACUUUUUAUUUCCCCAGUUAAAAACUGGAUGAUCACAUUGGAGAUAUUUCAUUGUUGAAAGGGCUGUGAAGUGAAACUUAACAAUCCGAAGAAUUAGAAUUUUGUGUUCUGCGUAAUUAAUUAUUCAGGGUUAACAGAAAUGCACUGGACAA